GAAACGCCGUCGAUCGUUCUUGUCAAUAUCCGAGUGAGCUUAGUGGCACAACCCAAUGUAAGCUGGGCUUAUGACAUGAAAAAGUGCAUCGAUGGCACUCCGCUGUUGACCCAAUUGUCCGGUGAUGACGUGGUGACUGCCUGCUCACAUUCUGGUCUCGUUGUAUGUAUUCGUGUUCGUGACGGUCGUUGUUUAUGGAGGACCCAAAUCAACACUCGAUUUGAAGCACCUGUGGCAAGAUCUGGCGAAUACUUUGUUAUAGCUGAUAUCGCCGAGAAGACUGUUGCAAAGAAGCCGCACACCGAGGACGAGCCAUUGAAAGAGAAGGAAGAGGAAGCACCUACCGCGACUGAGGACGAGGACAAAGAUGAAGAAAAGAAGGAAGAGAUUAUUGAAGGACCAGCUGAGAAAGAAGAAGCUGUAGAGGGAUCAACUGAGAAGGAGAAAGAGGAUGAGCAGCUGCUGCUGAAAAUGAGGCCGACACAACCAAUGAGAUGA